UGCAAGAUUCGGUCGUAUACGCGCGACGCGUUGUACGUUCUUGCAAGGUGAACAAGUUGCCGUAACGUGAUUAGAGCCCGCGUUUCUUUUCUCAGUGAGAUAUCGCGAAAAAUUUCAAAGUGUCAGAUUGAGAUUCAUCUCUCGCGUAAGGCAACAGUCGCGUUUGUCGUUGCGAUUUCUGUUUGCGAAUAUCUCGGAAGAAUCUUUGAAAAUUCGGCAACUUUCCGAGACCACCGCGCACCGCGCACGAUGUGCGUAUCUCCGUACGUGCGAUAAGUGCUUCUUCAGCAGUUAUGCUCGAAAGUUAUUGUUGUGCGCGAACGAUUAGUCACAUCGCCGAACGAUUACAACAUUGCGGCGACAAAUCGCUGCGCCGUUGUUGGAAGCGGCAACGAACGAACGAGCAAAAAACGUAGGAAGAAGCGGAUUCCAUCUGCGUCAAUUACUGACGUCGUGGUCGGUUCGUGAAGACCGACUUCCGUGUGCGCGGUGGACGGAUCGUGGAAUCAGUUCUCCGCGACGACGAACGUUUAACGGGAACCCGUAGAGAACAAGAAGAGUUCCAGUUUAGCCGCGGCUUCCAAACCGUGCGCGAGUCGGAGAUAAGCGCGCCGCGCCCUUGUGACGGUAAUUGAGUGAAAAUUUCGAUUGGGUUUAGGUUUUGGGAAAAUUGCCGGGAAAAUCGUGAAUAGGAGAACGCGAACAAGUGAACUACGCGGUAUGCGCGAAGUGUCGCGGCGACUAUCGAUCGAGAGGAAGAGGAGACUUUAACGCGCGUAGAAAUACCAGGCGUCCAGAUUUGCCGGAUAUCGCAAAUCGCGCACGCACCUGUGACUAAAUCUUUAUAUUCUAUCACAAAAGAAAUGCCUGCGUUAAAGCUCUUCGGACGAAAAUGGUUGGCCGCAACCGACGAUCUUGUUUAUCCCGGCUUGUUCGAAUUAUUCAUUCGCAUUAUAUGGUUCAUUCUUAUAGGAAUCGCAUGUGGAAAAUACUACGAGGAUACGUGGAAUUGUCGGUUGGGAGGUGAAUUGGUGCGCGUGUACCUCCUCGGCGAAGCGGUCAUGCUUGGUAUCAUCACGCUUUUGAUACUCAUCAUCAUCAGGCAAAGCGCAAAGGGGGCCAUCAUGGACACGCAUGCUCGACGCUACGUUGAACCUCUCCUAAUGAUCAAGAUAUUGUUACUGCUGCCAGAGAUCGUGUGGAACAUUUUGGGCACUUUGUGGAUUUUCGGACAGAGCGUAGAGUGCAGUCACGAGCACUAUUCUGUCACUGUUGUCGAAGCCCUGGUGUUUUUCGACUGGAUCCUGAUCGGUCUCAGCAUCUUCGGCCUCGCUCUGGUAUUCGAUCCGAUCGGCUCUCUGGAAAAGAGACAUCUAGAGAACUCCAUCGAGCACGGCAAAGUCUCGCGCAUCUGGCUGCGGAGAUUCAAGUUUCUCUGGUGGAUGCGCAAGGACGAGAGCGCAAACGAGACCUUCCAACAUGUCGCUGGUCUUUUAACUGCGUUAUUCAGAGGUACCGACUUGGUUCCUUCAGACGUAGUAGCCGGUUGCAUUUUAUUAAGAGUUCGACAAAAGCGAGAAACUCAUGAAUUACAAAGGAUGAAUCUAAUUGAGAGUCCAAAAUACACUUCAGACGGCAACGAGAUUUUUUUUGGUAUGCCUAACUGGAUGUCCUUAGAAGCUAUUCAUCAUUUCUUGCAAUUGUCAAUUGCUUCCUACGGUUGGCUUUUUGUAAUAUAUCAACAUAUGUGUACUGGAUGUUUUCGUUUGGCACGAGACAUGACAUGCUGCGCUUGUUUCCGACGAAAAUCUAACAUUAUUCUGGAUGACAAUUGCUGUCUCUGUUAUCUUUCUGGGGUCAAAUAUCUAUCGCAAGUCUCCGAGGAAGAUAUACUUUUUGCUUCCUUCAAGAAUCACUUGUGCCAAAUACCUUUCUGUGUAAUUGCCGAUCAUAAAAAUGCUAGUAUCGUUAUAGUCAUACGAGGCUCGUUAUCCUUGCGAGAUUUAAUCACCGAUAUUGCGGCCGCGGCCGAUACGUUUGAAUGUCCUAACGUUCCUCCAGGAAGCACAGCGCACAAAGGUAUGAUACUAGGAGUGAAAAUAAUCUUAAAGCAACUGGAGAAUUAUAAAGUUCUGGAAAGAGCGUUUGCGACGUAUCCCAAUUAUCAUCUAACACUCACAGGUCAUAGUUUAGGAGCUGGUUUAGCUAUUCUACUAGGAUUACUGAUACGUCCUCGAUAUCCGCAUCUGAGAGUCUACGCGUUUUCCACACCUGCUGGACUGCUUAGCAGAGAUGCUGCCAGAGUCACGGAAGAAUUCGUGCUGACCGUAGGACUUGGAGAUGAUCUCGUAAUGAGACUCAGUGUGGAUAGUAUAGAAAACUUGAGAACGACAUUACUGACGACUCUACGAGCUUGUCGAAUACCUAAGUACAGAGUGGUAUUAAACGGACUUGGAUACGUUCUGUUCGGCGUUCCCGAGAGAGAUUUGAACAAAAUAUGGAUAAACUAUAACAUAAUUAACACAAUUUGGGAUCAGUCGCCUAUAUUCGGCAAAUAUUUCAGCGACACGAAUAAAAUCAUAGAGCGUGACAUAACGAGAAGAAGAUAUUCGAAAGAAAAACUGUUUAUUGCUGGUCGUAUACUUCACAUAUCAAGGUGUAAGCCUGAGCAAAUAGAAGGAAAAAAUAGAAAAGAACUUGCCAAGGAAAAAACAUACGAGAUGCGAUGGGCACAAGCGGAAGAAUUUACGACAUUAUCGGUAAUGCCACGUAUGCUUCUAGAUCAUUUGCCAGAAAAUAUAGAAAAAGCUGUAGCCACGUUAUUGGAACAACAGCAUGACAUACCUUAUUAUAUUGAUCCGUAAUAUCUAACCCAAAGAAAUACAUAUAUAUAACUUUUUAAAAUUU